UUAAAACCGGCAGAAAAUGGUCUCGGCCUAGCCCUCCCGUCUAUCCCACUUCUUCAGCGCAGUGAAGCUCAAGAGAGGAAGAAAGAGGCAUAAGGCCAUGGCCUUGGCAAUGUCAAACAUCCUUCACUGCCCGUCCUCGCGCUUCUCUCCGAAGAAUUCCUUUCUCAAAGGCUCUAUUUCAAACUUGCCCUCCUCGGUUGUCCGGUUUUGUAGAACAUCUCCACCACAGGAUAGAAGGGUGUUUUGUACUGCUUCAUCAGCUGCAGGAAGUUCAGGUGCAAACAGUGACUUCAACCCAUAUCAGGUGCUUGGUGUGAGCCCCAUUGAAGGAUUCGAUGCAAUCAAGUCAGCAUAUACAAGAAAGCGUAAGGAUGCAGAAAGGAGAGGUGAUGAAGUGACUGCUGCCCAAUUAGAGAAGGCAUAUGACAAAGUCAUGAUGGCACAACUGAUGAACCGAAAAAAGGGUGUGACAUUUGGGUCAUUUCAGGUCUCAAAGGAUAUUAAAUAUGCUGAUAAGCAGCCAAUACUGCCAUGGGGGCCAAGGUUCACCAAGUCCAGUGUUAAAGACAUGCGUAUCAAUUUGGCUAUAUCUGCUGUAUUUACUGCUUGGAUUGUUAUCAAGCGAAAUGCUGAAUGGAAACCCCUGCAGUUUCUAGCCUUUGUGUUUGUAUAUCGUAUCUUUGAAAAGUUGAAAGCCUUCGAACCACCUCCAUCUACAACAUUUACUGAAGAUGGUGAAGAUGAAGGGAGAGCACUACGAAUGGGCAAACGCCUGCUUCGUUCUCUUGCACUGGUUUUUGGUUGUAUAGCUGUUUCAUCUUUGGGAUUUACUGGUCUUCUUAAUUUGAUCGAGUUUGUUGGCAAUUACAUUCCUACUUUCCUAUAUAACAACCAGGAACUAUUUGUGACUGGUACAACGGCGCUUUUCCUCUACAUUAUGGCGUCAUAUUACAGAUGAUCAUCGAUCGUUUACAAGAUCAAACGGUCAAGAUAUACAGCUAGGUGUUCUCGGAUUCUCUAGCUAUCAAAAUUUUGUUAAAAGGGACCAAAUGAAUUUUCCUUUUCAAAGAGACAAGUAGAAACACAAAUAUGGAUGUUAGGCUUGUGAAUUUAUCACUGAAAUGCUGUUAGUCCUAUACUGAAGAUUGUAUUAUGCAGACACAAGGCUGCUUUUGCAAUUCAAAACUGUUGACAGAUUCAUGGCAC